AUGUCACCAUUUUGGGAUCCGCAGUGCAACAACGCUAGUUUGAAAAUGCAAACGCGUUUUAAUGAUCUAAAAGAUCUCACCAUACUUUUGAAGAAAAUGAAGGGAAUUGAAUUCCAAGUGGUACAGGAAAGACCUCCAGCACUGUGGGUUAUUCGAAAGCAAAAGCGUCUUAGUGAAUGGGAAGCGUAUCAGCAAGUUGAAUUUCAUCCUGCAACCGGAUAUACAUGGAAAGUCGGAGAUUCUCAGUUGGGAACAUCAAGUAGUAAAACCCAACAAGAUCCUGCUGAAUUAUUGGAAUUUCGUAAUGGGGUAGAAAGUGCAUUUAAAUCUACUACAAUUAAAAUGACACAACAAUUAAAUCAAGUUUUCGCGCAAUCCCAAGAGAAAAUACAAGAGCUGACAACUGGAAGUCAAAGUGAUAUGACUAUUUCCGAUGCAGUUCGUUGA